ACCCCGGCGCGGCAGAGCCAUGGAUGGCCCGACGCGGGGCCAUGGACUCCGCAAAAAGCGGCGGUCGCGGUCGCAGCGAGACCGGGAGAGGCGCUCCCGGGGCGGGCUGGGGGCCGGCGCGGCCGGCGGCGGCGGGGCCGGCCGGACCCGGGCGCCCUCGCUCGCCUCGUCGUCGGGCUCCGACAAGGAAGACAAUGGGAAGCCCCCGUCCUCCGCCCCGUCCCGGCCCAGACCCCCGCGGAGGAAGCGGAGAGAGUCCACCUCUGCCGAAGAGGACAUCAUUGAUGGAUUUGCCAUGACCAGCUUUGUCACUUUUGAAGCGCUGGAGAAAGAUGUAGCACUUAAGCCUCAGGAACGUGUGGAGAAACGCCAGACCCCUCUGACCAAGAAGAAACGAGAAGCACUUACCAACGGCCUGUCUUUUCAUUCCAAGAAGAGCAGACUCAGCCACCCACACCACUACAGCUCGGAUCGAGAAAAUGACCGCAAUCUCUGCCAGCACCUUGGGAAGAGAAAGAAAAUGCCUAAAGGACUCAGGCAGCUCAAGCCAGGCCAGAACAGCUGCAGGGACAGUGACAGUGACAGUGCCAGUGGAGAAUCCAAGGGCUUCCACAGGAGCAGCUCCCGGGAAAGGCUCAGCGAUAGUUCAGCUCCUUCCAGCUUGGGAACAGGCUACUUCUGUGACAGCGACAGUGACCAGGAAGAGAAGGCAUCAGAUGCCAGCUCUGAAAAACUCUUCAAUACUGUUAUUGUAAACAAAGAUCCGGAGUUAGCUGUUGGCACGCUCCCGGAACAUGACAGCCAGGAUGCAGGGCCGAUUGUCCCCAAGAUAUCGGGUCUAGAGAGAAGCCAGGAGAAGAGCCAGGACUGUUGCAAAGAGCCGAUCUUUGAGCCCCUGGUGCUUAAAGACCCCUGCCCUCAGGUCCCUCAGCCGCUGCCCCAGCCCCAGGCGGAGCCCCAGCCACGAGCUCCUUCUCCAGACCCCGACCUGGUGCAGCGCACAGAGGCCCCGCCUCAGCCCCCACGUCCAAGCACACAGCCACCACAGGCGCCCCCAGAGGCCCAGCUUCAGCCUGCCCCUCAGCCUCCAGUGCAGAGGCCACCGAGGCCGCAGUCCCCUGCCCAGCUGCUCCACCAGAGCCUCCCGCCCGUGCAGGCCCACCCCUCGUCCCAGAGCCUCUCCCAGCCAUUGUCAGCCUACAACAGCAGUAGCUUAAGCCUCAACAGCUUAAGCAGUAGCAGAAGCAGCACUCCAGCAAAGACUCAGCCCGCCCCUCCUCACAUCUCUCAUCACCCCUCGGCCUCCCCGUUCCCCCUCGCACUGCCCAACCACAGCCCCCUGCACAGCUUCACGCCCACCCUCCAGCCCCCCGCACACUCACAUCACCCCAAUAUGUUUGCCCCUCCCACGGCUUUGCCUCCUCCACCACCUCUGACUUCAGGGAGUCUGCAGGUCCCCGGACACCCGGCCGGAAGCACUUACUCAGAGCAAGACAUCUUGCGACAGGAACUGAACACACGUUUUCUGGCCUCUCAGAGCGCUGACCGUGGGGCGUCCCUGGGCCCUCCGCCCUACCUGCGGACCGAGUUCCACCAGCACCAGCACCAGCACCAGCACACGCACCAGCACACGCACCAGCACACCUUCACGCCGUUCCCCCACGCCAUCCCGCCCACCGCCAUCAUGCCGACGCCAGCACCUCCCAUGUUUGACAAAUACCCUACAAAAGUUGACCCAUUCUACCGGCACAGUCUCUUCCAUUCCUACCCUCCUGCAGUAUCGGGCAUCCCCCCUAUGAUUCCACCCACUGGCCCUUUUGGUUCACUACAAGGAGCAUUUCAGCCGAAGACAUCCAACCCAAUCGAUGUUGCUGCUCGACCCGGGACAGUCCCACACACUCUGCUCCAAAAGGACCCGAGGUUGACAGAUCCUUUCAGACCUAUGUUAAGGAAACCAGGGAAGUGGUGUGCUAUGCAUGUUCACAUCGCCUGGCAGAUCUACCACCACCAACAGAAAGUCAAGAAACAGAUGCAGUCAGACCCACAUAAGCUGGACUUCGGAUUGAAACCCGAGUUCCUGAGCCGCCCCCCAGGCCCCAGCCUCUUUGGAGCCAUCCACCACCCCCAUGACCUGGCCCGGCCUUCAACUUUGUUCUCUGCUGCUGGUGCUGCACACCCAACCGGGACCCCUUUUGGGCCACCCCCCCAUCACAGCAACUUCCUUAACCCUGCCGCUCACCUGGAGCCUUUUAACCGUCCGUCUACGUUCACUGGCCUCACAGCUGUUGGUGGCAAUGCCUUCGGGGGACUCGGAAAUCCUUCAGUUACACCCAACUCAAUGUUCGGCCACAAGGAUGGCCCCAGUGUGCAGAACUUUAGCAACCCUCACGAACCCUGGAACCGGCUACACCGAACGCCUCCGUCGUUCCCGACCCCUCCGCCCUGGCUGAAGCCAGGGGAGCUGGAGCGUAGCGCGUCCGCUGCAGCUCAUGACAGAGAUAGAGAUGUAGAUAAACGAGACUCAUCUGUUAGUAAAGAUGACAAAGAAAGGGAAAGCGUUGAAAAAAGACACUCCAGCCACCCUUCACCAGCACCUAUCCUCCCGGUGAGCACCUUGGGACAUAACCGUAGCUCCACUGAACAGAUCAGGGGUCAUUUGAACACUGAGGCUCGUGAGAAAGACAAAUCCAAAGAGAGGGAGAGAGACCACUCGGAAUCCCGCAAGGACCUGACCGCCGACGAGCACAAGGCGAAGGAGGGCCACCUGCCCGAGAAGGACGGCCACGGCCACGAGGGGAGAGCCGUGGGUGAAGAGGCCAAGCAGAUGGCCCGGGUGCCAUCGCCCUACGUGCGGACCCCCGUCGUGGAGAGCACCAGGCCCAACAGCACCUCGAGCCGCGAGGCCGAGCCGCGCAAGAGCGAGCCGGCCUACGAGAACCCCAAGAAGGGCUCUGAGGUCAAGGUGAAGGAGGAACGCAAAGAAGACCACGACCUGCCUCCGGAGGCCCCGCAGACCCACCGGUCUUCGGAGGCGCCUCCUCCAAACUCCUCGUCCAGUGUGCACCCGGGGCCCCUGGCGUCGAUGCCCAUGACGGUGGGGGUGACAGGCAUUCACCCCAUGAACAGCAUCAGCAGCCUGGACAGGACUCGCAUGAUGACUCCUUUCAUGGGCAUCAGUCCCAUCCCGGGCGGAGAGCGGUUCCCGUACCCUUCUUUCCAUUGGGACCCCAUACGGGACCCUUUGAGGGAUCCCUACCGAGAACUUGACAUUCACCGGAGAGACCCGCUGGGCAGGGACUUCCUGCUGAGGAACGACCCUCUCCACCGUCUCUCGACUCCCCGGCUGUACGAAGCCGAUCGCUCCUUCAGGGACAGGGAGCCUCACGACUACAACCAUCACCACCACCACCACCACCACCCUCUGUCCGUGGACCCUCGGCGGGAACACGAGCGCGGGGCGCACCUGGACGAGCGGGAGCGCUUGCACAUGCUCAGAGAAGACUAUGAGCACACGCGGCUCCACUCGGUGCACCCCGCCUCCCUGGACGGCCACCUGCCGCACCCCAGCCUCAUCACCCCAGGGCUCCCCAGCAUGCACUACCCCCGGAUCAGCCCCACAGCGGGGCACCAGAACGGACUGCUCAACAAGACCCCUCCGACGGCUGCGCUGAGCGCGCCCCCGCCGCUCAUCUCCACGCUGGGGGGCCGCCCCGUCUCGCCCCGAAGGACUACUCCUCUGUCGGCAGAGAUGAGGGAGAGGCCUCCUUCCCACACUCUGAAGGAUAUCGAAGCUCGGUAAGGAGAGAGGGACCCGAGAGAGGAAGGAGAAGCUCUACACCAACAUGACGCAGACUUGAGAGAGAGAGAGAGAGAGAGAGAGAACGGACCGCUACCACAGACUGGGGGCCACGUGCCCCUGCCUCCUCCCCUUGUAAAAAAUGUAUAGACUCAGUGCAGAUUUUGAAAUGGUUUUUGUAUAUUAUAUGUUGAAAUUUUUCAGAUCUUUUAGCCAAGUCCUAUGUUCUCAUGUCCCCAACUCCUUUGGUUUCUCGUAUAAAACUUUUUUGAUUUGAACCAAAACAGUGAAGAUGACAGACACACACCGACGCGGCGGUAACUGGGGAGAGAGCAACAGCAGGUGCACACCAGGCAGCAUGUGGGGCUCCUUCGGAAGGAAGGGAAGGCCGUGUACAUAGUUAUGUAAAAAAA